CCUGAUAAAAUGUCCAGAAGCAACCAUUGAAGCGGACUUUUUAUACGAAUUGUCAAGAACACUUACUGUACUUCCACCUGGUUAUCAGUCACGUUGCUUAACGAAUGAUUUGAAUCUGCUACGCAAUCGUAUACAGGCGCAAGUUGGGCUCCCCGAGCAGAGUACAACGUUCUCAUUCAGUACCAAGGAGGAAAUACCUGGAAUGACACAGGAUGCGGAAGCCAAGAAGAUGCGGAGUGUUGAGUACAACCCGCUUGGUCCGAGCAAAUCUACACCGAUCAGAUUGCUUUCUGGAAAAUCAAUUAUAGUGAAAGAUAAGCAGGAAGAAGAAAUUGUUGUAAAUGGCGAAGAGGGCGAAGAAGUUAUAAUCACUGGUGUAAAUGGCUGCGUUAUUCGUGUUCCUUUUAAAGCAUCCUCUGUGCAUGUCAAAUCGGCCAACUGUACAACGCUUAUCUUCGCCCCGGUCAAAACAUCAGUACUUGUUCGCGAUUGUGUGAGCUUAACAAUUGCAGUUGCCGCACAGCAAGUACGAAUUCAUAACAGUCAUCGCGUUCUGCUGUAUGUUGAAGUGCGUUGCAUUUUUUUAUGCGUUUUUGCAUUUAUGUAA